AUGUCGAUGGGGCUGCAGCUGGACGGCCUCCGUGACAAGACGCGGGACCUGAAGCGGCAGGAGGAGGAGCAGGAGACGGGCGAGGAUGUGAAGUGUUUGCUGAAGCUGCCUGAUGGGGAGGAGAAGAUGGAGACUUUCAAGCUGGGGACCAUGGUGUCCUAUGUCAAGGCAUACAUACAGAAGAAUUAUGGGUUUGCCAUGGCGCAGCAGGUGCACACAUGA